UUCUUCGGAAUGAGUAACUACAGUGGAAAGCAGAAAAAGACACUGUGGAUCCUCCAAAGCUGGUGUAGUCGAUGGCUCUGAAGUCAAUGUGGAUCAAGAAUUUUCCUGGAUGUGUCAUCAUGGAAGAUGGCACCAAACCUCUGUGCCAUGGCAAUACAAGUCUUUUCCUCAAGAAGAGAGAAUUCCAUUAAACACGGGCUACUCAUCUCCAAGUCAAUCUAUCUUUCUCCUCCACUCUUUCCUUUUCCCACCCAACUCCCGACUCCCAACUCCAAACCAACAUCCUUUUAAUUCCUCCUCUGCUCAGUCCCACCCAUAUGCUUACCCCUCUGCAUCAGUCCCCGAGAGAAUAGCCUUCUCUUUUUGUUCUCUGAACUCGUCCAUCCAAUGGAAAACCUUCACCAUGGAUUCCAUGAGAACGAGCAGCAAUCUUCCCAUCCCACCUCCCCUUACUCCAACUCCAGCAGUAACAACGGCAGCAGCAGCAGCAGCAAUGGUGUGACAGCAGCUGCAGCAGCGGCCGCUUGUUCGCCCACACCUCUCACUCCCCAGUCCUUACCGAAAUCCGUCGACACCAAUCCUUUCCCCACCACUUUCAUCCAGGCUGACGCCUCUUCCUUCAAGCAAGUAGUCCAGAUGCUCACAGGCUCCGUGGUGACGGCCGCCAAGCACGCCGGCGCCACCGCAGCGCCGCCAACCAAGAACUUGGUUUCGCCCGCCGCGAAGGCCACCGGCCCCAAGAAGCCAACUUUUAAGCUCCAUGAGCGCCGGGGCAGCCUCAAGAACCUGAAGAUGAUAAGCCCAAUGAUCCCAGGUUUCGUCAAGACCGACCCGAGUUCUCCCAUGGGCGUGGCCUUCUUCUCCCGGAGGCAGCCGGAGAUCCUCUCGCCGAGCAUGCUGGACCUGCCGUCGUUGAACCUCAGCCCCGUCACGCCUUUGAUCCCCGAUCCGUUCAACCGGACGCCGCAACCCAGUCCGGCCGCCGCCACCGGAGCAGCGAUGUCGGCCGAGGACCGGGCGAUUGCCGAGAGGGGGUUCUACUUCCACCCUUCGCCAAAGACCACGCCGAGGGGCUCGGAGCCGCCGAGGCUGCUGCCGCUGUUCCCGGUCACGUCCCCGAGACCGUCAUCGGCUUCGGCUGCCGGCACUUCCAUUUAGAUUGGUGGUAUGAGAAGAACGGUUCAAACGUACAAUUUGAGCUUCUCACUCGAGAGCUUUUGAUUUCUAAUUCUCUCUGUCAUGCAAACCAAUUAAUCCAACAUGAGAUGAAUGAUCUCUGCAUGGUGCCUCUCUUUCUUCUCUAUGUAUCGUCUUCCUUAUCAAGAGCUUUCUCUUCCACCUUCUUGGACAUAUGAUAAUGUCUAGUCGUGGACUAGGAAAAAAAUUGAUCUCUUCAUGCGGUCA